AUGUCUUCACCAAAUCAAUACAACCUUUCAGAUCCAACAUCCGUCUACCACAUUUCCCAGACCAGCAGAAACGACCCAAAGAACCCUCGUCACGCAGCCCUCUCCUCUGCCUUCCCCGAGCAAUUCUUCGCCAAAAAGACAUCAUCAAUUAGUCCACCCAUCCCCACCUCACCAACCACAAGCCCGACCACUCAAAAACCAACAAUGGAGCAAUCACGACAAGAAGCCCUGGAAGAAAUGUAUCCAGUCCAACACUUUGGCAAACGCAGCACUUCUCCCUCCACCACAUCAACAGAAAAGCAAUUGCAUCGUAGCCCAUCUGUAUACAGUACCUCCUCAACCCUCACAGCCACCUCUGCCUUUUCCACCACCAGCACAGCAACAACAAUCGCUGCUCCCCCAGCGCCCAAAGAUACUCCCAUCGAUCUCUUCGACUAUCAAGUCGCCGGUUACCUCUCCAUGCCCAUAAGUCACAAAGAUCAACCCUACCGCAAGCACUCUGCAUCUGCAUCGUCAACAUCCUCAUCUUCCUCCUUGUGGACAAGAGCAAAAGGAAAAUUGCAAAGAAAACCCAGUUCCAAUGCUUCGGAAGACGAAGACGAGAAAAUGACAAAGACGGAGAAGAAGCAACAGAGGGAAAGAGAAUACGCAGCUUUGGGUUUGGAUGAAAAAGUAAAGUUUGGUGCAAAGGGGGGUAUGAAUAUUGUUGGUUGA